UGUCAGAAACCAACUCGCAUCGAAGAUAACAAAAAAUUCCGCAGCUUUUCAUCUCGAUUCCAACUUACAAACAAAUUUCCUCCCACUUUCUCUCUGCUCGUUUGGUUGGUUUUUGGAUUUGGGUUCUCCUUUUCCCGGAAUUUUCUUGUAUUUUAGAGUGGGAGAAACGGAAGAGGAAGAUCGUCUGGAAUUACGCUAUUGAUUUGAGUCUAUAUUGGUGUGGUGGCAUAAGGAUUGCGUAUUUUGUUGCUGUAAUUUGUAAUUUUUGUUUCAAAUUUCAACCGGGUUUUUUCUAUCUGUUGGUUUUUGAGGGAUUGGACUUGAUCUCGGAGAAUCUCCAGACUCUGGGCGAGUGUAAUUUGUUAAUUAAGGGUGUGGAUUUGGUUUGGCGUGGUGGAAUUCUGAUCUGGCGUUAGGGAGUGCAGGGCAGGAUCUUGUUGGAGUUGAAAGAUUGAGGGAUCCUUUUUGUGAAGUAACAGAAGUGGGGUAUUGAUUUAUAUUUUGUCAUCUGCUCUCUGAGAAAAAAGUUGGCAAAGAGGGACUUAGUUGAUCAAGAUUUGAGGUGCUUUGAGCAAUUCAUUUGGAGUUAUUGGUUGAUAUUGAUUAGGGCUUUAUUCUUCUGCAAUUCCGGGGUGCUUCUAGUAGGAAAGUUCUUUAAUCUUGCAUAAGGGGUUCGAGUGAUUUCAUUGAAGUUGGAUCUUCUGAGUGUUUGAUCUUGUUAAGCAAACCUAGAUUGAUGGUCUGUGUAAGUAGUAUGGCAGCAGGUGCUCAUUUGUCUCCUCGGUUCGAUAAUGUAGAAGGUGGUUAUAGUAAUGAUAGAAGUAAAGAAUCUGUUGUGGAAGAUGAAAUAUCAGAAACCUCCGAUGCAUUGAAGCAAACAUCGAAUAGCAAACCUCCACGGCAUCUUUCAGUUGUGCGGCAUUCGAUCAGCACCACUGUGCUAAUGCCGGCCUCGGAGUUGGAUUCUGCUGUUGGAAUGACUUCCCCAUCAGAUGUAAUAUCAAGCUAUAUACCAGUUUUUCGGUCUGGAAGUUGUGCUGAGAAAGGACCUAAGCAGUACAUGGAGGACGAACAUAUCUGCAUAGAUAACUUGCCUCAACAUUUAGGUGAUGCUGCCGGUUUCCCUUCAUCUGGAGCUUUCUAUGGGGUAUUUGAUGGUCAUGGAGGUACAGAUGCAGCAUCUUUUAUCAGGAAUAAUAUUCUUAAGUUUAUAGUUGAAGACUCCUUUUUCCCAGCUUGUUUGGAAAAAGCAAUCAAGAGUGCAUUUCUUAAAGCAGAUUAUGCAUUUGCUGAUGAUAGUUCCCUCGACAUAUCCUCUGGCACCACAGCGUUGACUGCAUUCAUAUCUGGAAGAAAAAUGGUAGUUGCCAAUGCUGGAGAUUGUCGGGCUGUUCUUGGUAAGCGAGGUAAAGCAAUAGAAAUGUCGAAAGACCACAAGCCUAACUACACAUCCGAAAGACUCAGAAUCGAAAAACUAGGAGGAGCAGUGUAUGACGGCUACCUUAACGGCCAACUAUCCGUAUCACGUGCCUUAGGGGAUUGGCACAUGAAGGGCUCAAAAGGCUCUGCUUGCCCUUUAAGCGCAGAGCCAGAGUUGCAGGAGACACUAUUAACAGAGGAUGACGAGUUCUUGAUUAUGGGAUGUGAUGGGCUAUGGGACGUUAUGAGCAGCCAGUGCGCCGUCACAAUGGCUAGGAAAGAGUUGAUGCUUCACAAUGAUCCGGAAAGAUGCUCAAGAGAACUAGUCCGCGAAGCACUGAAGCGACAUACAUGCGACAACUUAACAGUUGUAGUGAUCUGUUUCUCCCCAGAUCCUCCACCCCGAAUCGAAGUUGUUUCUAGUCGUGUCCGCAGGAGUAUAUCAGCCGAAGGGUUAAAUCUGCUAAAAGGAGUCUUGGAAGGUAACCUGUGAGAAGAUUUUAUGACCGGCUGCCUCCCUCUUUCUUCCACGGUCCGCGUGCAGCUCUCUCGCGUCUGAUACUUUCACCAGUGUACAUUUGAUUAAAGUGGUGUUGUAUCAAUUGGAUGAAUCAAAUGUUGAGCUUUUCAGCUGCUAAGGAUGAUUUCUGCUGGUGUACAUAUAGGGGUCAGAGCCAUGUUACAGUCCUGAGAAGCAUUUAUUUACCAUGAAAAUUUACAGAUUGCUGAUUGCUUUCUCUGUGCAAUUAGCAGCACCAAAUUGGAUAGUAUUCUGCCCCCAGUCAAACCCUAAUUCCUCCAAUGUAUAUAUCUUAGAUAAAAAUAAAUAUAUGCUGAUUUGAUCUACGAAA